AUGCAUCCAACUGCUAUAGAUAUUAAUGUGCAGAUUACAAUGAAAAAUUUUAUGAGCUCGACUCCGAAGAAAGAUCUUUCAUCGCCGAUUCUUUCAACGGAUUAUUUGUACAAAAAGGAAACGAAGAAAACUUAUACUCUACAACAAAUUUUCGACAAUGUUGAAUCAAUUCAAAAACAGUACGAACAAAUUAUGGACACGCAAAUGGCAUCAUCAUGUUUUUUUUCAUUGAAACAAAUAAUAAAAAAUUUCAAUUUUUCACGGCAUAAAACAAGUCAACAAUUACAAAAUUCAAAUUCUAUAGAAUAUAAAUCGCCAUUUAUUUUCGGUGGCGAAACUCUUCAAUGGAUUGCAUUACCACAGUAUGAUGAUCAUAUUUAUGAAAAUGAUCUUAUUCAUUAA